GGGCAGUCGGUUCUUGCGUCGACAUCGACGGGGGGAAUCACCGCGGGCGGGGGGAAACUGUAGCGCGUGGACAGUGGACAGCGACAGGAUCUGAUUGGAUCCAUUGUUUGGCUGGGCUAAUUGCAUCACCUGGAUGCAGCUCUGCGUUUCCUGGCUAUAAAGCGAGCUGGUCUGUGCAGACCGGAGAGAGGGGGAGAGAGGUCUCCCCAAAUUCUGCCUGCUUGGCUCUGGUUCAGUUCAGUGGUUCAUUGUUUGGCCUCAGAUCCGGAAGGGAUCUCAUAAUUCAGAGAAUUGAGUUGUGGCAAGGAGAGUCACAGAGAUAAAGAAAUAUGGCGAUCGGAGAUGGAUCAUCAAACGGGAACCAGCAAUCAGCGCGUAAGGAAAUAAGAGAUGAGACCACACCACUUCUUCCAGUCAAGGUGGAGGAGGAUGAUGGGUUUCAUGAGUUCAAUGGUGCUUCAUUCUCAGGGGCAGUUUUCAAUCUGUCGACCACCAUAGUUGGGGCUGGAAUUAUGGCCCUGCCAGCAAGUAUCAAGAUGCUGGGCAUUAUCCCAGGAAUUCUGAUGAUCAUCAUUGUGGCACUGCUCACAGAGGCAUCCAUUGACAUGCUUGUCAGGUGCAGCCACCAGGGCAAGAUUACAUCAUAUGGGUGGCUGAUGGGUGAGGUUUUUGGACAGUGGGGGAGAAUCGCACUGCAGGCCUCCAUCAUCAUAAACAAUGUCGGCGUGCUAAUUGUUUACAUGAUUAUCAUAGGUGAUGUAUUGUCUGGAACAACAUCAGCCGGUGUUCAUCAUCGUGGCAUAUUGGAGGGCUGGUUUGGAGCUCAUAUGUGGAAUUCGCGUCCUAUUGUUCUUCUUGCUACAGCUCUUUUGGUGUUUGCUCCACUGGUGAGCUUUAAGCGUUUGGAUUCAUUGAGAUACACAUCUGCGCUAUCAGUUGCCCUGGCAGUGGUUUUUGUUGUAAUUACUGCUGGAAUUGCCAUCAUCAAGCUUUUCAAUGGAACUGUAGCAAUGCCCAAACUUUUUCCAGAAUUAGAUGGUCUAAAUUCUAUCUGGAAUCUUUUUACAGCUGUCCCUGUUCUUGUUACUGCCUACAUCUGCCACUACAACGUUCACAGCAUUGACAAUGAACUUGAAGACAGAACACAGAUCAAACCGAUCGUGCGAACAUCGCUGGUCCUGUGCUCCAGUGUUUACAUUGCCACAAGCUUUUUUGCAUAUCUCCUGUUUGGUGAGGGCACACUGGAUGACGUGCUUGCCAACUUUGAUGCAAAUCUUGGCAUUCCGUUCAGCUCAGUCUUUGAUGAUAUUGUUCGAGUGAGCUAUGCUGCACAUGUCAUGCUUGUCUUUCCCAUUGUCUUCUUUGCCCUUCGGCUUAACUUAGAUGGAUUGCUCUUCCCCACGUCGAGGCACAUUUCUCAUGACAACAAGAGAUUUGCCAUCAUCACCAUCACUCUCCUCACAGUAAUUUACCUUGCUGCCAUUCUUAUACCAAGUAUCUGGGACGCAUUCCAGUUUACUGGUGCCACAGCCGCCGUCCUUAUCGGUUUCAUCUUUCCUGCCAUGGUUAUACUCAGGGAUUCUUAUGGAAUUGCUACCAAGCGUGACAAGAUCCUUGCUGUGACCAUGAUCGUGCUUGCUGUUCUCUCAAAUUCCGUUGCCUUAUACAGUGAUGCGAUGAACAUCUUCCGUAAAAAAGAGGUAGCCUAAACUGCAGACUUAAAAGGAGAACUGUCGUCGAUGCAAGAAACAUGGCUUCAAAUUGCAAAAUUCAGAUUUUAUGAAGGAAGAUGAUGAUGCACUUGGAUGCAUGAACGAAUACGGUCUCUUUGUCCGCAGUUGAGAAUCCGAUCACUUGAAAGAAUGGGGUGCUUGAAGUUGGAUGGUCUUCUGUACACAAACCGGCUCAGUGUCGAAUUGAGCCACUUGCAAUGUAUGUAUACGUUAUGUGCUUGUAUUAGCAGAGAAGAGAGUAUGGUUCGGGAAAAGCUUUCUCCACAAUAAUGUACAGUUGUGCCAGUUUAGUUGAAAUUUGUCAACGUGGAUGUCUUGAUUAAGAAUAAAAUGAUUACCGUUCCCA